UGCCUUCCCCCGGUUUCCAAGGUCAGGUGGGCCGGCGCAGCCAAUCAGAGCCUUCGCAAGGGGGGCGGACACAGACUGUCGCGCUGUGACGUCAGAGGCGUGCGCCGCUCCCCUUCCAAAGCGAGGGAGGCUCUUGCUGGGGAUAAAGCCGCAGCCAGUGGCCUUCGGGGAGUUUCGGUGCCGUUCUUUUCUGAGGCGGUCUGCCGUUGUUGCGUGUUUUUCUCCGGGACGGACGGGGAGCACAAGGCAGCGCUCUUGCCUGCCGGUAGCUAUCGUCUUCCGUCUUCCCGCGAGGCAGCAAUGAGCCUGGUGGAGCCGCCCGACAGGGAGGUGGGAUUGCAGCCCCGCGCCUUCAGCGACCCCGAACUAGGUUUGAAUGAUCAUUCUCCUGAUGAAGGAUUACUAGAAAACUUUGCUAUUGUUGAUAAGAAAGCUGUGGAGCAACUAACUGAAGGGCUGAUUUCUCAUUAUGUACCUGAUCUACAGCGGUCAAAACUAGCCUUAAAAGAACUUACACAGAACCAAGAGGUACUGCUAGAAACUCUCCAGCAAGAGAUCUCCAAGUUUAAAGAAUGUAAUUCUGUUCUUGAUAUCAAUGCACUGUUUUCAGAAGCAAAGUACUAUCAUGCUAAGUUGCUGAACAUUAGGAAGGAGAUGAUGAUGCUCCAUGACAAAACAUCAAAGUUGAAAAAAAGAGCUCUCAAACUGCAGCAAAAGAGGCAGAAAGAAGAACUAGAACGGGAACAGCAACGGGAGAAAGAACUUGAAAGAGAGAAACAGUUGACUGCCAAACCAGCUAAAAGAACAUGAAAACUGGACAUGUAUUGACUUGUCGGACUAAUUAUCUCGGAACUUGCUGUGGAGACCAAGUUGCACCUCAUGACCUGAAGUACCUAUUGCCAAGAAGUCUGCUAGUAGAAUAUUACUAUAUCUAGGUUGCUAUUACCUAAUUGGGAAACUGGAUAGGAACAGAGAACUUAACCAUUUCAGCCGUUCAAGAUGCCUUUUUUGUUAAUGCUAUGCAGCCUAAUAUUUCUAUAUCAAGUGUGUGUGUUUUAUACAGAUAGAGUAAAAAAAUUUUAAUUAACAUAUCUACUAAUUUAUGGUGUCUCGGGUGGGGUUUGAGAGGGGGACAGUAAUGAAAUACAAGAUUGUAUAGGGUCUAGGAUGGUGCACUUUUGUCCAAGGUUGAAUGUGUCAUCUUGAUCGCUGAGCUUCACUCCAUCAACUCAUAUUUUCUAACCUUAUUUUAAGCUUGAAUUGCUCAUUCUAGUUGUCUUGACCAGUUAUCUCUUGCUUUGUUGCCAUAUAGGCAAGUUUCCCAGCCGUAGGGCAGGCUGUGAGAAGUCCUUACAAUCAUACCUUUUUUAUUUUUGCAAUGGUCUGAAGACACUUGGUGGUAUAUAUAUGUAUAGACAGUAUAUACCACAUAUAUAUAUAUGUAUAGCCUCACUUCUUCACUUGUAUGGUGUUAAAGUUGGUGAGACAACUUCUGUGCAAACCCCAUUGAAAUAAAUGGGAGUGCCCCCAUUCCAUAACAUGGUUUUAGAAUUUUUUUAAAGGUCUCUUCUGCAGCAAUCACAUCUUCUAAAUAUGCAUGGCAAAAUAAUAAAAGGACAUAACUGCCACCAUCUAAACAGUUAGAAAGUGAGUGGAGGAGCACUGGUCAGCUCCGUGUUCUCAGUCUUUGUCACUUUUCAUUAAAAUGUUUUUCAGUUCCAUGCAGCUAUGCACUCAACCACUCAGAUUGGGAAAUCAGCCAGAAUGACACUCUAAAGUCCAAUCUACUUUAGUUACAGCGAUCUUGGAGGAAUAAGAUUACCCGUAAUAAAAGCAGGUAAUAAAAAUGAGUUCUACUUGUCUAAAAGAAAAGCAAUGUAACUGCGUACAUUUCAGCUUGCACAAAAAGAACUGAUGGAUGUGCUUCCCACAUAUUUCUAAAAGAAAUGUAUUCAAACUUGAGUCCAAUUUUUUGGAACAGUAUAAAUCUACUGUUAACGUGUGCAUGUGUGUACAAGAAAUUACUGCGUAUACAAAUAGUUUAAUUAAAAUAUAAUGCCAAAAUAAAGAGAAACAAUUCAACUAAA